ACAAAAUCCUGCCAUUGUUUAUGAUAAUUUCGUUUUGGCGCACGCGGAAGUGAACAUUCGAGUGAUUUCCUUUUCCUAAAAUUUUCAAAUCACAUCAAAACUUCUAAAUUAUUUUGGGAUAACAAAUAUUUUCCGGGUUCUAGCGUCUGUAAUUUGCUUGUUUGUGUGUGAUUGCGUUCGCAAAAUGGAGGUGACGGACUUAAACGAUCUUCUAAAUGUUCGCUCUAUUAAAAUGGAACAGGGAGAAACAGUAUUUGACGAAAGUACUGUCGAAACCUCGGAUCCUUUAUCUAUUAUUCCUCAAUAUGUUACUGAGACUGACUUGGGACUCAUGCAGGCAGGAGGUGAGAUACUGCAGACUCCGCUAGCAGUUUUCUCUGAUACUCCCGAUGAGGAUGAUACUAUGCAGAGCACGGAAAGCAGUGAUGAGGUGAUAGUCCAACUAAUGGAUAUAAGGACCAAUUUAUCUCGAUUGAGAGCGAUGCUGGAAAGGAGACUUGGAUUUGAUCUCUCAGAUUACACUUUUUGGCUGCAAAACGCUAAGAUGUUGGAGAAUCACAAGACAUUAGUAGAACAAUGCAUCAGAGGGGAGGGCGUGGUUCAAGUGAACAUACAAAUACGUGCUUUGGAGAGGAAGAUCAACAUCUUAGAUGUACUCAAACCUGAUGAGGAAUUGGUGCAGCUGCCUAAUCAGAUGGAUGAGGAUUUACUGGAGCUAGAAGACCGUCAAGAAGACACAGAACUAACAGAAGUGUCAGAAGCUACAGAGAUAGAAGCCGGGGCUGUGUCUCAUGCUGCAGCCGUCAAGUGGGUGGUCGAUGCCCAGUUCAAGAGUGAGCACAGGGUUAAGGUCCCUGAUGAUCCGGCACAAUGGUCGGUUCAACACGUCAAACUGUGGAUUCAAUGGGCCGUCCGACAGUUUAACUUAAUCGGCGUGAAACUGUCAGAUUGGAAUAUAAACGGAAAAGAACUAUGUGCUAUCACUAACGUCGAGUUUAAAGAAAAAGUACCUUCGGACCCUGGAGACAUAUUUUGGACGCAUUUCGAGUUGCUUAGAAAAUGUAAAUUUAUUGCGGUAAUACAAAACGAUGAACAGACGAAUUCUCCAACCAAAGAUCCUUUAGAAAUUCCACAGUCUGCUAUUAAGAAGAAACCAAAACCAAUAGUAAUAAGGCCUACAGAAGAGGAACUAUCUACAUAUGUAACAUCACGCAAUGGAAAUAACGGACAGAUACAAUUGUGGCAAUUUCUACUAGAACUGCUCACUAGUGCUGAAUAUUUUGAUGUUAUUCGGUGGCAUGGUACGGAAGGUGAAUUCAAGCUACUCGAACCAGAACGAGUAGCCAGACUAUGGGGCGCGAGGAAGCACAAGCCCGCUAUGAACUAUGAGAAACUAUCUAGAGCUUUACGCUAUUAUUAUGACGGAGAUAUGAUCGCUAAGGUUUCUGGGAAAAGAUUCGUCUACAAAUUCGUAUGUGACCUACGUCAGUUAUUAGGUUAUGGCGCCGGAGAAUUAGCCGAUCUCGUAAAAGAGGUACACGAAUCUAGACCUAACAAGAGCAGCCUGGAUUACACAUCGUAAUAAGUAAAGCCGUUUUGGAAUUAAGAUGGAAUAGACGGACGAAAAAUACUGAUUAUGAUUAUGGUUUAUGCAUUUGAGAUAUAUAUAUCGCAGUUAUAAGACUAGGUGAGUGAUUCAUCAUCAUCUCGUGUAUAGGACGUCCACUGCUGGACAUAGGUCUCCCCCUUAGAUCUCCACAGAUACCUGUUGGAGGCGACCUGCAUCCAGCGUCGACGGCGACCGACAUAAGGUCGUCUGUCCACCUCGUUGGUGGACGUCCUAAUGAUUAAAUGACGUUAUUUAGUAAUCGGGCUAACUGUUUGAUUGAACUGUUUUUGUACUAAUUGUCUGCAAUCAUAAGGAGGAUAUAAUUUUAUUUGUUUGUACUUUUGGCUGUAAAAUGAUUGAAAAUUAUUAUUCAAUUUUGAAAACUAGACUAAAGUAAGGCCUCCCCCACAUCUGGCGUGCGCGAUCCUCGGGCGUGCGCGUCGCGUUGAGGGAGGCCUAAAUCAGCAUCAUUUUGUUAAUACUUCACUCUUUUUUUUAAUCAAAUCAAUAGAAAACAAAAAAAAAUGUUAGACUGCGAUCUUUAAAGAAACAAGUAAAUUAUAAUUUAUUUAGUUGUUUUUGCGAUAUCAUGAAGUACCAAGUUAAUAUUCAAAACUAGAUUUUCUACGUGGGGAACUACUUUUCUCAAGCUCUAUAUUAACUGUAUACCAAAUCUCAUUUAAAUCGGUUCGGUAAUUUAGGCAUGAGAGCGCGACAAACAGACAAAAAGAGUUACUUUCGCUUUUAUAAUAUUAGUAAAGGUUUAUGUUGUGUAGAAUAGUGGAAAAUACAGGUAUGCCAUUUCUUAUAUAUAUAUACAUAUAUAAGUCUAUAUAAUAAUAUGUAUGUAUAUGCAUAAAAUGCGAAAAACCUGUUAUGCUUUUAAUAUAGGAAAAAGGGCUGGACCGAUAUACAUGAAAAAUUUAUUAUAAAAUGUUAAAUUAUAAAAAUUAUUUAUAUCAAAAUCAUUAUCAGCCUUACUUAAAUGAAUUAUGUAAGGCGUGAAUUAAAUAAUAAGUCAUACUUAAGGGCUGUUUGAGAAAAAAUCUUACUUAUAAACGUUGCUUAAGCAUGUCUUAACUAAUGAACACAAAUAUUUAAUCACUAUAAUCAUCGGCACGAAUCUUGAGCCCUGACGUUCACCUGCGCAGAAGUGAUUUAUUGGGUCCUUGUGUGGUAUUCGUGAGGCGCGGGGGCGGGCUAAAGCGGUGAUUGGCCCGCAGUGCAUCGCGUCAUAGCCGUCACUCGGGAUCGGUUCUUUGCUAAUAAAUCACUUCUGCGCAGGUGAAGGUCAGCGCUCAAGAUUCGUGCCGAUGAUUCUACUUAAGGCUUUAAGUAGUAAUUAGUUAAAAUGAUGCUUAGAAGAUGAUUAAAUGAUUUUUAUAAGUAAGGCUGUAUAUGUAUAGUUUUCGCAAAACUCAACGGCGAUACCCUAAUUGAGUAGGCACAUAAAUUAAAGCUAAACAAUUUUGAUAAAAAGUCAUUGAUCCAAAUUAUGCUGAAAUUAAAUACUUUUUGAAAGUCAAAACAGACUUUUUACACAAAUACAUAUUAAACAGACGAAAUACUGGUUCAAAAUAAUGAUUUAAUUGAUUAACAGCCAAUUUCUUCAUCAAAAGUAAAAUCCAAAGUAAAAAUCAAAGUAAUGUCUAAAGUAAAAGUAACGGUCAAAUUCGCUUUUUCUAUUAGUUUUGCUGUCACUUUAGCCUUGAAAAAACGAAUUUGACCGUUACUUUUACUUUAGAGACAUUACUUUGACUUUUAUGUUUGAUGAAGAAACUGGCCGUAAGUCAUUUAGGUAUAUUGAUUUUUAAACUAAGUUACAAAUAUCAAGGUUGUUUGUCUUUAGCUGGGUCUAAAUUUGAUUGUUAACCAACAACAAAAAAUAUAUUAAGUUCUUGUCAAAUAAGUUUGCCUCUCUGAAGUUAGCUAAUAGUGACUUCACUAUAGUCAAAAUGUACGAACAGAGUAUGAAAGCGAGAACAAAAUGACUAGCGGAUAUGUCAUAACGCAAUAUCUCCUAAGAAAGUAGCGCGACAACAUGCGGGUGCGAGGGGGACGAGGAACGUUACUAGCUCCGCCCAUUUUCAAAAAAUCACCAAUCAGUCAAGACCAAUCUUUGACAGAUUGGUUUUGAUUUGACAAGAAACCCGAACGUCUCGUUAGUUCUAGUAACUGAUCACGCCUACCGCACGUUGCUUGACCUACAAGAAGGCGCCUGACCUACCUUCCUUAUGGCAUCUCCGCUAUCUUUCCUUCCUCCGUGGUAUGCGAUAUGUGACAAAUGGCUAACUUCGGACAGGCAAACUUAUUUGGUGGGUCUCGAAAUAGUUAUAAAACUCUCACCGUCUUACCACAAAAACUUUUAAACGUCAGUUUAAGACUUGUCUAAAAAAAUGUCAGAUUAUGACGUUGAAAUAAGGUACAUUUUGCAGCCGCAUUUUUUUUAGACAAGUGUUUGACACAUGUUUAAGUUUUUGUAGUUAGACCAUCAAAAUUUAAAAUGUAUUUAAAUAUAUUUGUAUAUGUAUCUAAGUAAAUGUAUGUAUAAGUAAAAAGUCUGAUUGCCAGUCAGUUUUUAAUUGUUUUUGAACGAAAAGUGAUAUGUAAAUAGUUAUGUUAUAUAAUAAGGUAUUUGUACAAAUAAAGUCUAUUUUUUGUGUUUAA